UUAAAACUCUUUAUAUUGGCAAUUUUUGAAACGCUAAUCAGAGCCGUUAAAAAAAAGUGGGCGGUCACUAUCAUGAAGGGCGUGAACUAUCUCAAGCGCUAUCUACUAUCUUUGGCAGUGCACCGGCUGCAGUUAUUAAUUCCUCCCGCCACACGGGGGCGAUAAGUCCUCGCUGUUUGCCGCUAUAUAAACUUGUACAAAGCAACCGGCCGCAAAAUCUUUCUGUCUGGCGUGUUGUUAGUGUGUCAGUCUACUUUGGGAAGAUGUUUAACUUUGUAAAGAACAUAUAUGACUAACAUAUUCACGUGUUUAUCGCUACGUUGCUUCUAAACGGCUUUUCCAGCUUUGACAGUUAACGUUAGCUAGCUAGCUAAGUGCGUAGCUACCUUCUAUGGUAGCUACCAGCAUCUAGCCGGCUGUUGUUUAACCGUUACACUUCAAAUAUCUGCUGUGAAAGAGUCGCCACCUCGCCGAGAGCUUUGUUGAAGCUCCAGGUACUCCGACUCUGAGGACCAGAUCUCGGGGAUCAUGUCCAGGCGCAGCCUCCGGCUGGAUGACGGCGUGCUGGACCGAAGUCUUCCUCUCGGCAGCGCCUCCUUCAGCGCUGGAGGAGUCGGUUGGAGGAGCACCAGGUCCCUGAAGUCUCGUGGUGGUUCCCAUCAUGCUCCCAGCUCCAGGUCUCUCCUGCUCCCUCCUAGCUGUGUCCUGAACACCAGCGUGAUGUCCGACGCCUCGCUGCUCUCCUCGCUGCUGGACGAGUCCUCCGUCAGGGAGAGCACCCUCGUCGACACCUUCUGGGGUUUGGACCAGGACAUCGAUCCCAAAGAAAGCACCAUGGUAGCCGAUCAGAGCACCGUCCUGGCAGACUGCACUCUGAUUGGUUCGGACGGGCGCUGUCCCAAACACGUCGCCCAGACGAUCAGCAGGGUCUACUGCAAAGACUGCGAGCUCUCGGACAGGAAGCACGUCUCCUCCUCUAAAUACUCGGAGCCGGAAACUCCCACCGUCUACUGCCGAGAACGCAAGAGCAAGAGCAAGACGGCUCGGUCCGGUCUCUGCGGAGUCAUGAACGUGAGGGAGGCCCUCGCCGGUCAGAAGGAGCUUCAUCCCAACGGAUCUCUGUGUGACGACUGUCGGGAGAAACGGAGCUCUGAGCCGGAUACCGUCUCGUCUUCCUCUUCAGCAUCCUUACCGUCCUCAGGGACUUCCUGUUUGUUGUGGCUGAUGUGGAGCGCUGCGGUGUUUACAGCUUCGUGUGUCUCGCUGCUGCUUCACGUUGCAGCUUCAGCAGUUUGGCGUCUGACCCAGAAAGUGUUUUCAGCCUCGGGGAGCUCAGGACGCUCUGCAGGUAAGAAGGCAGGUGAUGUGUUCAGGCGGCUCAACAGACGAUGGCAUCACAUGACAACCGGCUUGACUCGGUUUCCUCUCAGACUCCUCCUGGUCCUCCUCCCUCUGCUGCUGCUCUUCAGCGUGUGUUUGUUCGGUCCGGCCUCUCUGCAGUCUUUGCUUCCAGCCGUAAACCUCACAGAGUGGAGGACGGUUGUCUCCGACGUCUCCGGUCCGUCCUCCGUCUACAGCUCGGUGUCCUCGCAGAGCCACGCGGCGCCGGGCGCCACAGAGGAGUCGGGGGAGGUGGAGCAGCUCUACAGUCCUCCUCCAGCGGCAGCAGAAGAGGAAACGUCGGAGGCGGUGGCGGAUGAGUCCGCGCGGCUCGGCCGUCUGGAGCGCAGUCUGAGGGCGCUGUGGGAGCGCGUGGAGGCCGGAGGGCAGCGGGCGGAGCAGAGGCACGCGGAGCUGCUCCACCUGUACACCGACCUCCUCCUGCAGCAACAGCUGGUCUCUGACCAGAGCCACGGAGACACCGUGCAGCCCUGGCUCAACGGACUACUGCAGCAACAGCUGGAGCAACAGCUGGAGCAUCUCCAGAGACGAUUGGACGAGGAGAGACGGCAGACAGAACAGUCCCGGCAGCAGGAUGUGUUGCAGCAGCAGAGUCAAACGGCUCGUCUGGAUCAGCUGGAGCUGCAGCUGCAGAAACUGGCCGCCAGGACCGAGGACAUGCAGCAGAGACGAGAAGCUGCUACGACAGUCUCACCUUUACCAACAACACUUCCAGCUGCGAUCAGGGGUGGAGUGGAGCGUCAGUCCCAUGAUGCCUUGCUGGCGGAGGUUGCACGGUUGAAGGCGGCGCUGGAGAGGGUCAGACGGAACGUUGGCGGUCUGUCUGGGUGUCGAGACGGCUGCAGAGGACUCGACACAAUCCACCAGACGAUUUCAGAGCAGGUCUCUGCCCGAGUGCGUGAGGAAGUUCGCGUUCUGGUCUACGGCAACCAGCUGUCACCGGCUGGCGGGACGUCCCGAGACGACGGGGGCCUCCAGGAGUCUCUGCUGCAGUGGUUGUCGCGGCGCUACGUGAGCGAGGCCGACCUGCAGGUGGCGCUGUCCUCUCUGGAGCGCAGCGUCCUGCAGAACAUCAGCCUGCAGCUGGAGGAGCUGAAGAAGCACCGCGGAGAAGGAACGGGUGGACAGCCCGUCCAGCAUGCUGCUGCUGGGGAUGCUGUGACCCGGGAGGAGGUCCAGGUGAUGGUGAAGAACGCUCUGCGUCUCUUUUCUCAGGACCGCACCGGCAUGGCGGACUACGCUCUGGAGUCUGGAGGGGGCAGCGUCCUGAGCACUCGCUGCUCGGAGACGUUUGAGACGAAGGCCGCUCUGCUCAGUCUGUUCGGACUUCCUCUCUGGUAUUUCUCUCAGUCUCCUCGUGCUGUGAUCCAGCCGGACGUCCAUCCGGGGAACUGCUGGGCCUUCAGAGGCUCCACGGGCUUCCUGGUGAUCCGCCUCUCCAUGAAGAUCCUCCCCACAGCCUUCUCCCUGGAACACAUCCCCAAAAUCUUGGCUCCCAGCGGGGCUCUGCACAGCGCGCCCCGGGACUUCAACGUCUAUGGUCUGGAUGAUGAGAGUCAGGAGAAAGGGAAGCUGCUGGGCUCCUUCACGUACGAAGAGGACGGAGAAGCUCUGCAGACAUACGCAGUCACCGAGGAGAACGACCGAGCCUUCCAGAUCAUCGAGGUUCAGGUGUUGUCCAACUGGGGCCACCAGGAGUACACCUGCAUGUACCGCUUCAGAGUACACGGGACGCCCCGAGACACCUGAAGACAUUGAGUGUUUUCCAACACAAACCGCGUGGAGAUGGCAGUGAAACUAGGGCUGCACCAUGUGAGGAAAACAUGCGGUAACUUCUGCUAAAAUACAACAAACUCCUUGUUGAAUUGAACACAUUGAACCACUUGAAAAAAAACGAUGACCGUUACAUCUUUAAGUGCAGUUUUAAAUUUUCUUUCAACUGACACAAAAGAAUCUCAGUGUCUCUCGUGAUGUGUCAUGGGUGGGGUCUCAGACAGGUG